AUGGCUGACUUAAAAGGAAUUGAGCACUCCAUUUGUAUGCACCGCAUUCAUAUAGAGGAGGACACAAAGCCCACUAGAGAGGUUCAGCGCCGGUUAAAUCCUAACAUGAAGGAAGUAGUAAUGAAGGAAGUGAUAAAACUGCUAUAUGCGGGAAUCAUCUACCCCAUCUCUGAUAGCAAGUGGGAUGUUCCGUUCAAUUUUGAUGAAGCUUGCAUGGAAGCUUUCAUUAAACUUCGUACUAUUCUUUCAUCAGCCCUAAUCAUGAAACCGCCCAAUUGGUCUAUCCCCUUUGAGAUCAUGUGUGAUGCAUCGGAUUAUGCAUUAGGUGCAGUUUUGGGCCAGCAUGUGGACAAGCUUCCGUAUGCCAUCUAUUAUACGAAGUUUGACAUCGAAAUCCGGGACAAAAAAGGGGCUGACAAUAUUGUCACCGAUCAUCUCUCUCGCUUACUCAUUGAAAAAUCCUCGGAAUUUGCUGCUGUCCGUGAUUCCUUUCCAGAUGAGCAACUUUUCCAGAUUUCCCUUUCAAGUCUCCCUUGGUUUGCAGAUAUUGUCAACUACCUUGUGGCAGGCAAAAUUCCCUCCAAUUGGUCCAAACAGGAAAGAGACCAUUUCUUCUCCCAAGUUAAGCAUUUCUUUUGGGAAGAUCCGAAACUAUUCAAGUAUUGCCAGGACCAAAUCAUCCGGCGAUGCAUUCCCAAAACUGAGACCACUAGCAUUCUAAAUUUUUGUCAUACUCUUGCUUGUGCGGUAGAUUAUGUUUCCAAAUGGGUUGAAGCAGAGGCUACCAGAACCGAUGAUCAUAAAGUUGUGAUCCAAUUCAUUCAAUCCAACAUCUUUAGUCGUUUUGGUACGCCCCAAGCAAUCAUCAGUGACGGUGGAUCUCAUUUUCGAAAUCGUUACCUUAAAUCCGUCCUCUCUAAGUACUCCGUCCUUCACAAGGUUGCCACACCUUACCAUCCUCAAACGAGUGGUCAAGUGAAAGUGUUUGACAAAAGUCCUGAACCAAAUUUUUUCAUUCCCAUGGCUCAUAGGGUUAUUUCCAAGCAUGCUAGGUCAUUUGAGGGCCCUUCUAAUGCUCCUCCACCCCCAAAUUGGGUUGAAUGGCCAAUUGAAACCGAAGCUCGUUUUGACAUUACACCUACUUUCGAGAGCCAUGUGGAUACCACAUGGUUCGUCCACGAAUUGAGGGCUCGUGGCCUAUCGUCUAUUUUCAAACUGCGCGCUCAUUCUUACUUCCCGCGUGUGGUCCGUCUGUUCUAUGCCAACAUGGUCCAUUCAUGUGAGGAACUGGACAAAAUCAAAACCACCAUUGAUACUAUGAUUAUGAAUUCGACCUCGAUGACCUUGCUAUGGCUAUGGAUUGCCCCUUGA